UUGCAUAUCAGAGAAAAUGUCCCACUUUGCGACACCUUUUAUAGUUGUUAAUUUAGGCUGUGAAAUGGUGUAUGUGAUUGAUCAAAGAUUAAAGGCGCAAAACAUAGGAGCUGACAAGUCCGAGAGAGUACUCACUGAUGUGGUAACAGUGUUACUACAUCCGAAACUCCUGGAUGAGUUAUUUAUACCGCAACCUGUGGCCACCCACGUCGUUAUUAAGCAACUUCUUCAAGACAUAUCAGCUACAUCCAUCAUGAAACUCGACGAUUAUUCCAUGAAAAAACUAUGGGAUCUGAUGACAAUGAUUGUAAAGUGGCAAGUUUCUGUAGCAACAAAUAAAAAUAUUUUUGACAUAACAAGACGACAUUUAAAAAAUGUGGCCACUAUCAUGCCACAAUAUUUCCCAACAUGCAUUAUAGAACAAGCAAUGAGAAGGUUUCAAUCCUUAGCACAACGAUUUACAGAUGAUGAUUAUAAGUGCAUAAUUAACACAUUAAUUCUUUGGUUUUCAGAAUAUCACACAAAAAUUUCCGUCUUGAUAAGAUUAGGUUUACAAAGAAAAGACGGCACUUUUAAUUUGCCAUCGACCAUUAAUCCCAAAAUAUUGCAAAAUUUGGGUGAAAACAUAUAUAUAUACGACUGUAAAAAAAAUCCGAUCGAUGAAUACGAAAGCAAAUGUGCAGAUACAAGUGAAAUAAGUUGUCUUUUAGCUUCUAUGGAAAACGUUACACCUAAACAAGCUAUAGUUAAAAUUCAGUUGCCAAUAGAAUUUGGAGAUAGCCAGUCUAAAAAACGUACUCUGGAGAUAUCUUGUGAUACACAAUUUGAAUCUAUAGCCACUAACAGAAAAAUAACGACAACCGAUCUUACCUUUAAUCCUAAUAUACCAAGUACACCACAAGAGGAUCUUCUACAAAUGUUAGAAGAAAAUAAAUAAUAUAACCACAAAAACUGUAAAAUGUUUUAAAAAUUUUAGUUUAGUUAAUAUAAAAAUGUUGUAUAAUAUAUAAAUGCCGUCUAA